AUGGACUGUGAGGUUGAAGUAACUGACUAUUUCCCUGAACCCCCUCUAGCCUUUGAGGAGGGCUACACAUUCUUGAGCUUGUUUGAUGCUGAUGAAAACAGUGUCCAUCACAAAACGAACCUAUAUUAUCCAUUCAGCAGUCGGAGGGAAUGGGAGAUUGCAUCAUGGCUUCUGCAUUCGGGCCUGAGUAUGGGCAAGAUAGAUUCUUUCCUGUCGCUGGAGAUGAUAAAUGAUUUACCUCUGUCGUUCCAUUCAGCCAAAGAGUUACGAGGUCGAGCUGAAAUGGUGCCGGGCAGUCCACGUUGGAAGUCGCAAGUAAUCCCUACAUCCCAUUCCACCAAGACACCGGUUGUUCUCUACUGGAGGGAUCCGCUUGAGUGCAUCGCCAGUAUUUUCAAUCAUCCGUUAUUUCACGACCAUAUAGACCUCACCCCUCACAAAGUGUAUACCACAGCGCAGAAGCUGUCUCGGGUAUAUACUGAGUGGAUGACAGGGGAACAUGCUUGGGACAUGCAGUCGGAGCUACCUCGUGGUGCAACUCUCCUCGGCAUCAUUCUAUCCUCAGACAAGACGUGUAUCACUGCAUUGACAGGUGAUUGUGUUGCCCAUCUGUUACUUAUCAGCCUCGCCAAUAUUCACAUGAAUACGCAAUUGAAAUCAUCAUCGAACACUUUCCUCCUCACUGCCUUGCUUCUGGUGCCAAAAUUCAUUCAUAGGAAGAAACAGAUGAAGGGCAUGUUGCAGGAUUGGCUCGUUCACCAGUGCUUGGAUGUUGUACUAGAACCACUGAAGUUGGCUGCUCGGCUGGGCAUCAUGGUGACCAAAUCAACAACUCUUGCACAGCUGGACAUUGUGCACUCACAUGCUGACCCACAUAACCUUGAGGCAUUCUUCCGUGAAGCGCAGAAGUUCCGCCUGAAUGGCAUUGAGAAACCAUUCUGGAGUGACUGGCCACUAGCCAAACCAUCCCAUUUCUUCACACCUGAAUCACUGCACCACCUUCACAACACUGUAGGAGAUUCUGAAUUAGAUUUUCGGUUCUCAAUUUUACAGCCCACUACUGGUUACCGGCAUUUUCACGGAGGCAUAUUGAAGCUCAAACAAGUUACCGGUCACUGUCAUAGAGACAUUCAUGUGGAUGCAAUGCCUCCUGGUAUUAUGAUUUCCGUAUGCACACUCAUGCACUUCCGUUACCUUGUGCAGUCACCACGCAUUGAUGACAAUGAUCUUGCCUGCAUCUCGGCUGCAUUGGACGAGUUCCAUGCGAAUAAGCAUGUGAUCAUCACCGCUGGUGUUCGCCGGGGGAAAGGCAAUACGGCCAUCAACAACUGGCACAUACCCAAGCUCAAGCUAAUGCAGAACAUCGUUCCUAGCAUCCGUAGCUCUGGCGUUAUAGGACAGUGGUCUGCUGAUGCCACCGAACAUGCGCACAUCAUGGAGGUCAAAGACCCUGCAAGAUCGACCAACAACAAUAAUUAUGAUCCGCAAAUAUGUCGUUUUCUUGACCGUGCUGAUAAGUGCAAUAGGUUUGGUCUUGCCACCAGUCUUUUGGACCACAAGCUGAGCGUUGAGGAUCUGGAGGUUGUCCGAGAGGAACACAAAGAUGAGGACACCUACAUUGACGCGGACGUGGACAUUGUCCCCAUGGAUUCUCCGUCCAAGGCUCAACAACCUGAUCAGCCACGUCCUGUCACAGACUAUUUCACAAUCACCAAAAUGCUACAGCACAAGGAAGCAGAAUUGAAACCCGUCCCACUACACUCUUUCGUUGUUGGCCGCACUGCCCUCCAUCUUGCAUAUGGUCCUUCCAUUAGGAAUAUUAGCGUCGAUGAAACUGCCAUCAUGUUCAACUUACCAGACCUUCGCCCAGUUCUCGCUGAUUUUCUUCACCGUGAGGUGACAUCUGGACACUGUGUUCAUGUGAUUGGUGGUCCUAGAAGAGCUGGACCCGAUGCUGAACUUCCAUUCGAUAAGCUUCAAGUGUGGUUCAAAAUUUGUUUACAAGAAACGGACUUUCAUGAUGUCCACAAUACCCGCCCAGCUCAGACAUUAAACUGUGCACCACCUAGUGGCCCCUGGACUUCAGGCCAUUAUGACACAGUCAUUAUCCAGACCAAUGCAGAGCAGUCAUGGCCUAGCAGUGGUCUUUCAGCUAGUCAGCUACAUAUGCUAAAAAGAUUGAAGCACUCUAAUGGCACUCGGAUGGGGGACAUCAUUCCGGUCUCUCAGCUGAGAGCACCUGUCCAUCUUGUCCCCCGCUUUGGUGCCACUAUGGAUAUGUGUUUCACUGCCUACAACAGCAUGGAGCACACCACCAAAUUUUGGCUAAACUAUUUUUGGGACAAAAAUAUAUUUUUUGUGCUGUCAGUCUAA